AUGCUUAUUGAUAUUGCUAUAGAUCAAGUAAAAGGAUUGAUUAGGUUUUUUGAGGAUUAUAGAGAAGUUGGGCUCACACAAGCUAUGACAAUUGCUAAAGAAAUUGCUACUGAAAUGGAAAUUGAUUCUGUAUUUCAAGUAAAACGUCAAAUCCGUAGAAAAAAACAAUUUGAUGAGAAUGUUAAUGAGGAGACAACACAAUCAGCUGAAGAAUCUUUUAGAAUCAAUUAUUUUUUGUAUAUUGUAGAUCAAGCUAUUGGUUCACUAAAGAAAAUGUUUGAGCAAUAUAAAGCAUAUGAAGAUAUUUUUGGAUUUUUGUUUGGUUCAGAAAAGUUAAAUUCAUUAGAUGAUAAUAAUUUGAAAGCAUGUUGUGAUAAUCUUGAAAUUGUUCUAAAAUAUAAAACAUUUUCUGAUCUUGAUGGGAAAGAUUUAUUUGGAGAACUAAAAAUAUUACGAAAUAUUUUACCAAAAGAAACAAAGAUGGCUAUUGAUAUACUGAAUUUCUUAAAAAUACGAAAUUGUUUUCCAAAUGCAUGUAUUGCUUAUAGAAUAUUAUUGACUAUACCUGUUACAGUCGCAUCUGCAGAAAGAAGUUUUUCAAAAUUAAAAUUAUUAAAAUCUUAUCUGAGAUCGACCAUGUCACAAGAGAGACUAAAUGGACUAGCUUUGAUAUCCAUUGAAAAUGAUUUUAUAGAUAAAAUUGAUGUUCAAGGCUUAAUUAGUGAUUUUGCAGCUAAAAAUGCAAGGAGGACUAUUUUUCGAUGA